UCACGCGAUGUUUUCAGUGCUAUGGCGUACCAGGAAGGGGAGUCGCUUGAAUCUUGGCUCAAUAAAGCCACCCAUCCUUCAAACAGACAGGAGGACUGGGAGUACAUAAUAGGCUUCUGUGAUCAGAUCAACAAGGAACUGGAAGGUCCUCAGAUAGCGGUGCCUCUGCUUGUUCACAAAAUCCACUCACCGCAAGAAUGGGAGGCUCUCCAGGCUCUUACAGUAUUGGAGGCAUGUAUGAAGAACUGCGGGAGAAGGUUUCAUAAUGAAGUCGGAAAAUACAGAUUUUUGAAUGAGCUGAUUAAAGUUGUGUCCCCAAAGUACAUGGGCGACAGUGCAGCAGAGAAAGUGAAGUUGAAGAUAGUAGAGAUGCUGUACAGCUGGACCGUGGCGUUUCCUAAUGAAACUAAGAUCAGUGAAGCCUACCAGACGCUGAGAAGACAGGGCCUCGUCACUAACGACCCGGAGUUACCCCUCGACAGGACUCUGAUUCCCUCUCCUCCGACACGACCCAAACAUCCUGUGUUCGACAAUGAGGACAUGGGCAAGCUGCUUGCUGAGCUUCUGCGAAGUAAAAACCCAGAGGACCUCCAGGAAGCAAACAGACUAAUCAAAAACAUGGUGAAAGAGGAUGAGGCUCGAGUACACAAGGUAACAAAGCGCAUACACACUCUGGACGAGGUGAACAUUAACGUGAAGCUGCUGACGGAGAUGCUGUCCCACUACAACAAAGACAACUCCACUGACUCAGACAAGGACAUCAUAAAGGAACUCUACCAGCGGUGUGACAAGCUGAGGCGCGCUGCUUUCAAAAUGGCCACCGAGUCAGAGGACAACGACACCAAUUUAGGUGACAUCCUGCAGGCCAGCGAUGACCUCUCCAGGGUCAUAAACUCCUACAAGAAGAUUGUUGAGGGGCUGCCCGUCAACGGAGACAGCGAGGAUCCCCGACCCACAGCUGGUCACAGUGAGAGUGCAGAGACCACAGAGACUCUGAUCGACCUCGACGGCCUCGACACUCCCAGCCCUCCUCAACCGGCCCCCCCUCACUUCCAGUCCUCAGAUCUGGUCUCCAUCAGUCCCAUUAUCUCCUCCAUCCCCAUCCUGCCUCCUCCUCCCAAACGUCUUGCCGGCUCCCAGAGCAGCAGCCCCAGCCACCCCCCCCUCGACAUGGCCUCCACGUCACUCUCUCUCCUCGACGAUGAGCUGCUGUCUCUAGGACUGAACGACCCCCCUACCUCUCUGAGCAGCCAAUCGAAACCCAAGUUGAGCGAUUUGUCCAAUCACUGGACUACCUUGCAGGCUUCAGCUUCAGGUCUGGACAUGUUUGGCGGUGCGGCUUGUUCAGGUCCCGUGGUACCACCGUCUGAGCCCGCUGCAGCCACAAACAGUCUGCAGAACCUGCAGGACCUGGCCAUGAUGGGCUUUUCAGAUCAUAAGAGUUCCUCGCUGAUGGCAGCAAGAGGAAGCAGCUUCGGGAUGUCUGCAGCAGCGCCUCCCCUCAUAGCUGGACAUGGCUCUUCCUCCUCACCCUCUUUUCUCCAGUGUACGGUGCCGGGCUCUCCCGCUCUGUCCCAUGCUAAGGUCCAGAGCCUGGGCUCGGCCCCGGGCAGCCCCCUGUUCCGCUCUCUGUCCCCCUGCCACCCUCCCCUCCACGGCAGCCCGGCCAGAGCCACAGACGUCUCCCUGAGCAACGUGCACAUCCCUCUGGAGGCAAUCAGACCGAGUAAAGUACUGCCAGUGACGGCCUACGAUAAGGACGGUGUUCGCAUGCUCCUCAACUUUGCAGCUAACUGCCCCCCCGGCAGGACUGACGUGUUAGUGAUGGUGGUCUCAACGCUCAAUACUGCCCCCCUGCCUGUUCAAAAUGUGGUACUGCAGGCUGCUGUGCCCAAGUCAAUGAAGGUGAAGCUGCAGCCUCCAUCAGGAACAGACCUGGCUCCAUUCAACCCGAUCCUACCACCGGCCUCCAUUACCCAGAUCAUGUUGCUGGCCAACCCAACAAAAGAUAAGGUGCGUCUGCGCUUCAAACUGGCGUUCACGCUCGGAGACCGCCUGUGCAACGAGGUCGGAGAGGUCAACCAGUUCCCCCCACAGGAGAGUUGGGGCCAUCUAUAGGAGCGAAGAUGCCUGCUUCUUCUAGGCAGGGAGAGCGGGUCGUACUCCAUGAAGGGUUUGUGAAUUCACAUCCAUCCCAGAGAGGAAGGAGGGGAAGGUGGAGAAAUUCAGCUGCACAUUCCUUAUAGUUGUUCAUUUCCCUCGCUAUUGUCAUUACCGGCAGUGAGAAGCUAACAGCAGACACUGGAGUUGUAUUUAUACAGUGCUCGUAUACUUUCCUGCAGAUGGCUAACAAACUAAAGAUAUGCACUUGCAAGUAGGACAGUAGUGCUGUUUACAGGGCCUGAGAUGAAUAUUUGACUAGAUUUUGCCCAAGAGGAUUACAACACAUGUUAAUGAACUCUAAAUAUUCCAUGCAUUAGAGCUAAGCCCCUGACUGAUGGGAUUGCUUCAUAACAAAAUUACUGUUAAAAGAAACUAACCUCUAAAUUAAAGUGUCCCCCAUUUAGAGGAAGUACCGUUGGUGCCACUGUCCCAAAGACUUUUGGAUUGUUUAUAAUUUUCCCUCCAAAAUAAACAUUAUUGUAACCAAUUUCCUGCUGCAUGCUAUUCAGAGUAAAUGCAGUCAACAGCUUUUUGCCAGCAACAAAGAGUCUCUCUGCAACAAACGAAACAACUAGGCUUUUUUUGGGGGGGGGGGUUUGGUUGCCUUGUGACAGACAGAAUUGCAUUUAGGAAGCAAAGCCUAUAGGGAACCAAUCCUAACAUUGAUGUAGUCAUUAUUCUACAGGCAUUACAUGUUCGAAAUCAAAGCAAAAACAUAUCUAUCGUCAAUUUACCAGAGCCUAAGACACAACAGUUUUUAUUUAUUUACUCCUCCGCCGAGCACUUUCUUAAUACACAGAAAAUAUACUUGAAUAUAUUCAUUUGAAUAUGGGAUCCAGUAGAUGUCUUAAGAUGGAGUUAAACUGGGCAAUUCAUCGGUUUAGUAAAAGGUUUUAAAAUAAUUUCAGCCAUCAAGAUUUUAUUAUAUAUAAGGAAACUUAGUGUGAUCAAUAAUAAUUAGUUUUGCCAUGUUUCAGAUAAGUCGACAACCAUGUUUAAUUAUCUGCUGUAAUGGCAAACAACUGCAAACAAGAGGUUUGAUAUUUUUAAUGAUAUCGUUAAUAUUUGAGGCUACUGAGUCCUGUUUUAUGUCAUGUGAUUACAUUUUCAAGGUCUGAUUUGAUUGUCUGCUUUUCAGUCAUGCUUUAAGGAGUCGGUGGUUAUAUUUAAGUCGUGUAUUUACAGAUCUUAACUCAUCUACCGGUGAAAGUAUUGGGAGUAUUUUUGACAUGUAUUACUUUAUGUUCCGUUUAUAGUAUUUCAGUGCAUCACUGAACCUAGAAAAUGAAGUGAACUGAAAAAUCUGAAUAUAAAUGUUGUAGUUUGAAAGGGAAGUCUGUCACCAGGCGGAUUAGUGUGUCUUCAGCAGUGGGUGAAUUGAUCUGUGCUCCACCCCGAUCCCCCCCUUAGGUCUCCUCAACUCGUCAUGUACAGAAGAAGUGAGUGUUUCAUGUACAUAGUCUGUAAUGUACCUAAUGUUUGCUGUAUGACCAGUUAUGUGAACAUGUGACGUGUAGAUUUUGGGAGAGUUAGGUCUGUACAUACUGUAUGAUGUGCCAUUUGUUCGCUACAUGGAAAAAUAAAUAUUUCUUUCAAUGGA